GCCACGUCACCUUUGAGAGACUCGUGUGUUUUGUUUUGGUUUGUUGGAGCUUCUUCAGCUGAUAUUUCCGAUGUUUCUUUGAUUUCGCUGCAUUUAGCUAACACUGACACUAAACAAAAUGCUGACGACGGAGGAAUUUUCGCAGUUCCCGCUUCAUAUGUGGGAGAAAGUGCUGUCGAAGGUAAAGAAAGCUGUCGUUUUUAUGGAUGACAAGUGUGCAGAGGCUCUCCACUGGAGCGGUGGUGCUACCGCCUUGUUUGAGGCUGGAGCCAGAAAUUUAAAACAGUUUUCUAGCUUCGAAGCCUGCAGCGUGAAUGAGCCAAAGGCAGUGUUUGUGGUGAGCACUUUGUUGAAGGGGAGAACGGUCGACAUCAUGAAAGACAUCAUAUCCCUCAGUCACUUCCAGUACUGUGUUGUCUUCACCACCGUUUCUCACUCUGUUCACCUCCUCGCCAACAAUGUCUCGACAGAAAUGGAAGGGAACCCUGUAUUUGAGCAGUUUGAAGAAAAGCUUUGCGAGUGGAUGGGGAACAUGAACUACACGGCUGAAGUCAUGCAUGUCCCAGUGGUCUUCGCCCCUGUGUCACAGCAGCUGCUGCUCACACCCACAUUUGCACACCUUUUCCCCCUGCUCUUACCUGACCUGGAAGUAAUAAAUGCUAAACGGCCAGAGAAGAAGAGAUUUGGAAGCCUGAUAGAUAUAGACAUACACUCCCUCCCUGCUGAACUGCAGAUUGAAAUAAAAUCAUUGGCUUCAGCUUUAAAUUCAAUGUUUGAAGCCACAGGCACCAGGGAAGAGAGCUUUGCUGUGGGUCCCAUGAGCCGGAUCAUAGCAGGGGAGCUGGCCAGUCACCCUCAAGCUAAAAACCGAAGGAAGACAGCCCCUAAUAAAGCAUCGAUCAUCUUUGUGGACCGAACAAUGGACCUUACAGGAGCUGUCGGUCACCAUGGUGACAAUCUAGUGGAGAAGAUUUUGACUGUGCUCACACCCUUACCUGGUCAUGUGACAGACGUACAGGUGGACAUGCUGGAGCUCACAAGUCUGCAGCGCACCCCUCACUCCCAGACCACCCUGGCCCCCGGCUGCCUUGCACAGACCCAAUCCCCUGCAGCACGGUCCCUGUGGGAGGCCAUGCUGACCAGUAAACAUAAAGAGGGAGUGAUGGAGGUCCGGCGGCAACUGGUGGAAGCAGCCAGCAAGGAGAAGCUGCCAAUCAAGAUGAGCAUGGGCCGUGUGACCCCCGAGCAGCUGUGCACCUACAUGAAGCUGUUUCGGAGCAGUUGGGGGGCGCUAGAGAGUCACUGCGGGGUGCUCCAGCUGGGCCUGGCCACGGCCCAGGCUCUGCGCCACCCCUGCCUUCCCCGCUGGGACGCCUGCCUGGCCUUCGAGAGGCUGCUGCUGCAGGCUUUUGGAGACUCAGAUUUCCCCACCGUGCUGAGGCAGCUGCUGCCCUUGAUGAAGCCCCGUGGAGACGAGGACAGCAUGGCCUCUGGGUCGAGGUUUGGGAAGGAAGAGUGCGGGCCUGAUGAGCUGAUCCUCCUGCUGGUCUACCUGUACUCCCUCGCUGACGAGGCGCAGCCCACUGACCGGGAUGCAGAGGAGGACGAGGAGGAGCUGGACAAGCUGGAGAGGGAGCUGAUAGGAGCGCUCACCCUGGUCAUCACCCAAGAGACAGAACUCAGCCCCUUGCUGCAAAAACUCACAGGUUGUGCAAAUCCCGGAGAGCUGACCACGGAACGAGCCCACUCUGCAGUGGAGGAGAUGUUCGAGACCCUCCGAGGUCUGAGCCAUACCAGAGACCACCUCAAGCAACUACGCUCUGUCUACACCGCCAGCGAUGGAGUUCACCAGGCCACCUAUCGUCCCUUCCUGCGGCAGAUAUUGGAGGAAGUCUUCCACCCUGACAGACACGAAUGCCCCGACAUCGAGCACAUGUCCGGAGGCCUCACCGACCUGCUCAAGACCGGCUUCAGCAUGUUCAUGAAGGUGAGUCGUCCACAUCCCAGCGACAACCCUCUGCUCUUCCUCUUCCUGGUCGGUGGAGUCACGCCCUCAGAGCUUCGUCUAAUCAAGGAGAUUGUCACCACUCACAAACCAGGAACCCAGGUGCUGGUUCUGUCCACCAGACUGCUGAGGCCAACAGAUAUCCCCGACCUGCUCUUCACCUCCCAAAGACUGGUGCCCGAUAUCGGUGUCUGAGGCCAUCACAUGGAAAUGCUUGCAUGCACACGUGGAAGGACACAUGCACGGCAAACAUCUCAGCACCUCAUCAGGUGUGAGUCAGGCUGGAUUAAUGACAUUCUCUGUUAAAAGCUGCAAGUGGAAAUCAUGGAGAUCUUAUACAAAUUAAGAAACAUGUUGAUGAAACAUUCCUGUGUGUUUAUGUGGAUGUGUUUUGUCAGAUUUAAUUCUGAAGGGAACUGUAAAAUUAUUAUAUAAUAGUCGCUUUUGGGCUUAUUUUUCUUGGAGAGCAUAAAGAAAAUGAAUGUUUUUAUGUGUGACUGACAUUGUCCCUCUUAUUCUGCCAAAGUUUGUCAAAAGCCACUUUGUAGUUUUUGCAACAGGUGUAGAACUACGACGCACGCUUGCAUCAAAUCUUAAUAAAAAUCAUCUACUUUUCAAACACA